AUGAGUCAUAUCACCCCAAGGCGGGUUGUCCUCCGAUGCCGUGAACAAUACUUUAGAGAACAGGGAGUAGUGGUUCAAGCUUUCUUCCAAUCGCAAAAUCUCCUAGAUUCAGAGGACUACGGCAUACAUAUAUGUGAAGACCCCUCCUCUGCUAGCGCUCUAUAUCUUGUCCUUGAUCUACAUUGCAAGGAGAUUCCCAGUGUCGAUCUCAGCAAAUUGAGCCUUGAAGUAUUCAAAGUCUCGAAAAACAAGACAUUUACGUUCAAAGAUCUUGGAGAGAAUGCAAGCAAGUUGGCUUACCAACGGUCUCUCAAAUUAGAAUGGGGAGCUAACCAAUCUAAUCGAAGGAAUUAG